UACUGCAUUGCAUAUACCUGUUUUCUACAUCAGGACAAGAGAGAAUGAAGGAAAUGGAGAUCCCUGUCAUAGACUUUGGUGAGAUCAAUGGUGAAGAGAGGAGAAAGACAAUGGCUCUCCUGAACCAAGCAUGCGAGCAAUGGGGCUUCUUUCAAAUUGAGAACCAUGGAAUCGACAAAAAGCUGAUGGACAAAGUGAAGCAAUUGGUAAAUGCACACUACGAGGAAAAUUUGAAAGAGAGCUUUUAUCAGUCAGAGAUAGCUAGAAGCUUAGAGAAAGACGAUACAUCUGACAAAGACUGGGAAACCACCUUUUUCGUCUGGCAUCGCCCCACAUCUAACAUUGAAGCAAUUCCAAACAUCUCAGAGGAUCUUUGCAAAACAAUGAAUGAGUAUAUAGCUCAGCUGAUCAACCUGGCAGAGAAACUCUCUGAGCUCAUGUGUGAGAAUCUUGGUUUGGAGAAGGAUGAUAUCAAGGAUGCAUUUUCAGGUAGCAAGGGUCCUUCUGUUGGGACAAAAGUUGCAAAAUAUCCCAAGUGCUCUCAGCCAGAACGUGUGAGAGGAUUGCGAGAGCACACUGAUGCUGGUGGGAUCAUACUGUUGCUCCAAGACGACCAAGUUCCGGGUCUAGAAUUCUUCAAAGAUGGCAAAUGGGUUGCAAUUCCACCGUCUAAGAACAACACCAUCUUUGUGAACACAGGUGACCAACUGGAAGUGCUGAGUAAUGGAAGGUACAAAAGUACUUUGCACCGUGUCUUGGCAGACAAGAAUGGAAGUCGACUCUCCAUUGCUACCUUCUAUAAUCCUGCCGGAGAUGCCCUUAUCUCUCCAGCUCCCAAACUCUUAUACCCCAAUAGCUUCCGUUUUCAAGAUUACCUGAAGCUUUAUGCCACCACAAAGUUCAAUGACAAGGGCCCCAGAUUCGAAUCCAUGAAACAAAUGGCCAAUGGGAACAAUGGUUUCCAUACCUAAAAGUGCCGAACUGCCUAUCACAUAUAUCUCUGUAUCUCACUUCAUUUAAGUUUGUACUUUUGGUUUUGUUUUCAUAAAGUUGUUAUGUCAUCUACAUAAAAAACUGUUGAAAGGAAAAGAAGGCUUUGCAGGGAGAGAAGCACUAUUUCUAAAACUAGUAUUUCUUUUCCUUUCGAGAGGAAGCAGUAUAUAUGUUCCUUCAUCUCUCUUUCA